UUAGGAACUUAAUCACAUAGAACACCGUCUACAGUGCAAUUGUCAACAAAAACAUUUACACCGGUCGUACAUGUGGUUGUAAGAGAGAGAGAUGAACCAAAGAGUACCAUGUGUGGAAUCUGUUGCAUUCUUGGACCUAAGGAAAAAAUUGAACAACACGAUAAGAAUUUGGUUUUGGAAUCACACAUUAGUCACCGUGGUCCAGAUGCUUCCAACUGGACAACGCUCAGUGUGUCUGAGGAAAUCAGUGCAACCCUGUAUGGCUUUGUUCUUCAUCUGAGAGGUCAGCUAACCAUGCAACCACUGACCGACCAAAAUGGUAACAUACUAUUAUGGAAUGGAGAGAUAUUCGAUGGUUUACCAGAGUUACAAGAAGAUGACAAUGACACUGAAGCAUUGCUGACAGCCCUGUCACACUGUCACACCGAUGAGGAGAUCUUGUCUCUGCUCUCACAUCUACAGGGCCCCUGGGCUUUUAUUUAUUGGCAGGUUGAAAGAAAGCAACUGUGGUUCGGACGUGAUGUUUUAGGACGAAGAAGUCUUUUGUGGCAUCUCCCGGAAUCUUUGGAGGAUUUUUUCAUCUUAAGUUCUAUCAAAGUUGGUUCGCAUAAAUACACAGAAAUUCCAGCUGUAGGAAUUUUCCGUAUGAAAUUUGAAAACGAAACGAAGACCUUACCAUACCAAUUAAUUCUUCAUCCUUGGAAAGAAGCUGUGUGGCCAAUGACCGGGGAAUACCUUGACGAUGUCUUGCAAUCAAAUCCAAAUAUUAUCUCUGGAUUACACCCAGAAAUAUUAGAAAUUUCUUCACCAACAACAAACACGUUCUUACCUUCAAUAUGUAAAGACAUGCCAUCUUCAAACUAUGAGCAUCCACCAACAGAUAAAUUAGAUGUUUCUUAUUUAGAUUUUUUGUUGAAAUCAGACUUGGGCCUUCAAACUGAAGCUGAGAAACUAAUUGACUUUUUAGGACAAUCCGUAAAGACUCGUAUCUUAAAUCAAAUCCCAAAUUCUCUAUUAAGUUGCAAAAAUUUAUCUCUUAACACUUUGUCAAAAUAUAACAUUUCAUACAAGACAUGCUGUUCUGGAGAUGUAGUGGAACCAUUUUCUAAUUUGCAUUGUGGAACUGAUUCCGUUUCACAAUUACAUUUAAUUGAAGAAUCGAAUCCAGACCACUUGGUAGUUUCUGAAGAAUCGCUGCCAUUGCAGAAGAAUAGUAGCUGUGAUUCCGAGCAUAUUUCAUCCGAGACCAAAGUAACUGAUCUUCACAAACCGACAAUUUAUUUAGGAGAUGCUAACGUUGCCAUUCUGUUCUCUGGUGGUCUUGAUGCCGCUGUCAUUGCAGCUCUUGCUGAUCGCGCUAAGUUACAGGGACAACAACAACAACAACAGAAGAAGAAAAAAGAAGAUAAAAGAAACAAUGGAUUAGGAGAUGAUCAUACAACAACAUCUGCUGAUAAAAACCCUUUCUUAGUCCCUGAUCGAUUGACCGGUUACACUGCCCUUGAAGAACUUAACCCUCGUAGAAAAUGGAACUUUGUUGAGAUUAAUGUAACCAAAGACGAACUGCAAGAAAUCAGGCAGAAAUGUGUGUCCCAUUUGCUCUAUCCAUUGUGCUCUGUGUUAGACGACAGCAUUGGAUGCGCCAUAUGGUUUGCAAGUCGAGGCCUUGGAAUUCUGGGAAAUGGCCCCAAUAAAGGAAAGCUGUUUUACAGUCGAGCUAAGGUAAUCUUAUGUGGAAUGGGAGCAGAUGAGUUAUUUGCUGGUUAUUCAAGACAUAGAUCCUCAUUCAGUAAAGAUGGCUGGCAGGGGCUUAUACAAGAAUUGCAAACUGAAGUAAACCGUAUAUCUGCACGGAACCUUGGACGUGAUGAUCGUGUUAUAUCAGACCAUGGCAGAGAAGCACGUUUUCCUUAUUUGGAUGAAAAAUUUAUCAACUUCGUUGCUCAAAUACCUGCUUAUAAAAAGGUGGACCUGACUCUGCUGCGAGGUGUUGGUGAAAAGUUAUUGCUUCGGUUAUGCUCGUUUAAACUUGGUUUCACUAAGACUGCUGUGCAGCCUAAAAGAGCCAUUCAGUUUGGAUCCCGCAUAGCGAAACUAGAAGAUUCAAAAGAGAAGGCAAGUGAUGUAUGCGCUCGAUUAAAACCUAGCAGUUAACCACUGCAGUUCUUUAAA